AUGGCCACGCUGCAGAGCUGCCGUCUCAUCCCACGGGUCUCCGUGACAGCAAGGCCGCCGCCUAGCACGUCGGCCUUCGUUCCUCCCGGCUGCCGUGAGCGCCACCACUGGCCGAGCCUGAACCAGCAGCUCCAUGGCCAGCCGGGCACUAUCCGACCGUGUCUCGUUGUACGGGCGCACAACUGGGGCGGCGCGCUGCCGGCAUGGCCGCAGCCGGACGAAUUUGCUGCUCGUUGUCGCUAUUUCGUCAAGGAGAGGAAGCGCGUGAUGGACCGCUACAACGACAUCAUCCACACUGACCACGGCUGCCUGUACAUGGAGGCCACAAAGAUGUCGGGACAGCUCUGCCUCUGUGCGAACCAAGCUCUCAUGAUAGCUUCCCAAAUCAUGAGCAGCGCAACUGCAAGCCUGAACCUUGGCGCGCCAAACGAAAUCUCCAUCUCCAUCUCCAUCUCCGCGGACACAAUCCACACUACUCUCCGAGCGUACGUGAAGAUCUUCGUGGACGCAGCCGACGCCGCCCACGGCAGGACGGUGAGCAAGACCACCGCGACGUCGUUCCUCGGCGCUCUCAGAGGGCUGGCGUCCGUGAGCCACAUCCUGCUGGACGCCGCGCUCGACGCCCUCAGCCAGACGCACCCGAGGGAGAGCCUGGCAGAGUACGCUCUCAACUGUGACGUGGAGGCCAUGCGCUGUGAGUUUGGCCGGCACAUGGAUGGCAUCGAGGAUGGGGUUAGCAAGGCUUCAGCUGCUGAGACGUGGUGCAAGGUGGUGAUGCCAGGAAUCUUGGAAGCUACGAGGAUAACGGGAUCCUUGGGUAGUUUGGUCUUACAAUUUGAAAAGGUGAGGGAGAAAUCGAAAGCCUGCCUGCACCUGUCGGCGGUACAGUUGGAUGCGGCCACGCCGAAUUGA